UUUGAUUUUUCGAAGGGGGUUUUGGGGUUGGCUUGGCUGGGAUCUGGUUUGGUGGCGGUGGUUCCAGGGUCUGGUUUCGGGUCUAGUGUGGUGGCGGUGGUUCCUGGGUUGGCUGGGGUCUGGUUUGGUGCAGUGGUGGUUCUGGGUUUUGGGUUUGGGUGGUGGCGGGGAUGGUGGUGGCUGAAACUUCAGUGGUGGUGGUUUUUUUUGUUAUUUGACUUUACUUUUUUUUAUUUUUAUUUUGGACAAAUCAAAUUGUGACAUGUGUAAAUUACCUCUUCAGUAAAUUGUGACACGUGUAAAUUAAAUUUGAUAAAAAUAAAAUUACCUCCUCAACCGGUUACUGAUCACUCGGGACCAUUAGGGAGUGAAUUGGGUAUUAAGGUUGAAUUAUUUAAAAAUAACUCAUAGCUGGGAUUAUUUUUAACUGACGGCGUAAAGGUGUAAUUAUUUCACACAAUUUUUCCUAAAAAAAAAUUGUAAAAAUAUCUCCGUUGCUAAAUAUUUGGCCCAUUUUCUCCCUGCAAGAAAGGCAGUCGACUCUCCGGUAUCAGCACAUCAUCAAAUUUUAAUGGCGUCAGUCACCACAAUCCCCAGCAACAAUCUCCUUUCUCUCUCCUCAAACCUCCAAAACCAACACUCAUCCUCCAUACCUCAAUUCUCUCGUCGUCUAAACUUCAAUUUCAUACUUCCGACAUUCUUGCAGCUUCUUCUUCGUAUGGUGAUGAUCACUGGGGUUUAUGGUCUGUUCUUCUUUCAACUGGAGCUUUCAGUCUUUGGUGUUCUUCGUUGUGAUUGGUGCAAGUGGAAAUGUCUGGAGUGUUAUUAGCACCGCGGCAAGUAUUUUCUUGUUUGCAUUUGUACAAGUUACUGUUCAUCUGGCCAUCAUUCUAGGUCUAGGGAAGGUAUUUCAUUUUGACCGGAAGCUGUUAAUUUUGGCUCUCAAUGCUAAUGUUGGAGGCCCUAUUACAGCUUUAAGAAUGGCCAAAGCCAAAGGUAUUGGCCUGUGUAGCAAACUAACAAUUCAAGAACUUGUCCUCUAUAGGUUAGUUUCCAUGGUAGAAGGUGAGCUUCUUUCUUUAUUAUUAAUUUAUUUUGAAUACUUAUAGACUUCUUUCAUUUCAAAAUACUUUCAACCAAACUCUUUAACAUGUAAUAUAAGAACGAGAAAAGAAAGGUAUAUGGACAAAUUAAUUGGAACACCUCACACACCUGUAAGAGGGUUGGGUUGGGUUAUAAAGGCUAUAAAUUACUUAGUUCAUUUUUCCAUUCACCCUCUGUUCUCUUUUUCAUAAAUUGUGUGCCAAGGAGCUUGGUUGCAAGUAUUUUGAAACAUAUGUAUAUUUUCAAUUGAUUAUUUUGUCAGUAGGAAUUUAAUUUUGCAGCUCGAGCUGUGUUGUUUUUUCUAAUCAUGUGACAGGGAUUGUGAAGCUUUCCAUCUCAAAGAAGAUUGAGCACUCACUUAAAACUUUUCAUGGAAGGAUUGGUCAAAAUUGGAAGUCCGAUCCUGAUCAGCAUUCUCCAUCUGAAAAUCAAUCUUCUGAAUAUCCAAAAGAAAAUGAACAGACUUGUGUUGCUGAAGUUAAUAUGUCUUCUGUUGUUCCUUGGGUGGAUGGUGGUGUGGAUUGUGUUGCCCAUGGAAUUUUUUAAAUAUGAUUCAACUCCCAAGUUAUCAAAGAUGUUCAAUCCAUCAUACAUUGGGGGGCAAGGAAUAUAUCUUUUCUUGCUUACGUUUCCCAUGAUGUUAAUAUCGGUCCUUGGGUGCAUCUAUCUUCAUAUUAGAAACAAAACAGAGGCCUCCUCAAAAAGGUCUUCAACUCAGCAGCAUCUCACUUCCUUGAGACGCCCACUGCUUGUACUGGGACCUCUAGGGGUUGUCACAUCAAUGGAGCUCAUCUUUUUAAUUAUGGGUAUUGCACUUGUAAGUUGGCAAUUUGGCAACUACUUUUAUGUCAGUGUCAAGCAUCCAUUCAUGAUGAGUGGCCAAGAGCAUCAAAAACCGUGGCAAUUGAAGUUCCGAAGUGCGUCAUUGCGAAUUGGUUAUGCAUCAAAUAUUGCCUGGGCCUUUGUCUUCUUUCCUGUAACUCGAUUAUCUUCAAUUUUACCUCUAGUUGGUCUCACAUUUGAGUCAAGCAUCAAGUAUCAUGUAUGGAUUGGGCAAGUAGUCAUGAUAACUUCUGCACUACACAGCAUUGGCUUCAUCAUCUACUGGGCUAUGGUUAACCAAAUGUCUGAGAUGCUAGAAUGGACCAGAGACUAUGUGUCGAACAUAGCAGGAGAAAUGUCAUGGGUGUUUUUGAUGGUAAUGUGGGUGACAAGUUUUGCUUACACUAGGAGGAGGACAUUUGAAGUCUUCUUUUACACACACCAACUCUAUACUCUGGCAACCUUCUUUUAUGUUAUACACAUAGGGGUUGCCUGGACUAUGCAGAUUGUUCCUGGGAUAUUCCUCUUCACACUCGAUCGAUACCUAAGGUUCCUACAAUCACGCUCUUGUGCCCGGCUGAUUUUAGCUCGGAUUCUUCCUGGUGGGACUGUUGAAUUGUCCUUUUCCAAGAGUCCAGGAGUGCGAUACAAUGUCACUAGUAAUUUAUUUGUAAAUGUGCCCAAAAUUUCUAAGUUACAGUGGCACCCUUUUACUGUGACCUCAAAUGAUAACAUGGAGCCUGAUAAGCUCAGCAUUGUCUUCAAAAGUGGAGGGAGUUGGACAACCAAGCUAUUCAAAGAGCUUUCAUCAUCUUCUCUAGACAGGCUUGAAGUGUCUGUUGAAGGACCAUAUGGACCUGCAUCGACCAACUUUCUUAAGCAUGAAUCGCUUGUGUUGAUCAGUGGAGGCAGUGGGAUAACCCCAUUUAUACCCAUAAUUCGUGAGAUGAUAUAUCAAUCUAAUAUCCAGAAAGGACAAGUCCCUCGAGUUCAGCUCAUUUGUGCCUUCAAGCAUGCAGCUGAGCUCACCAUGCUCGAUCUUUUGCUUCCUGCUGGGAACGCUGUAGAAGAUAUCUCAAAAAUCCAACUUGAAAUUCAUGCAUAUGUAACUAGAGAUUACCAGCCCCCUGAAUCAGAUAGCCAAAAGCUCGUCCAGACUAAAUGGUUCAAGCCUAACCCAUCAGAUUUGCCCAUCACCUCUGUUUUGGGCCCCAAUGGAUGGCUCCACCUUUGCUUCAUUAUUGUGUCCUCAUUCAUCCUGUUUCUUGUUCUUCUGGCUUUGGUGACUCAAUACCAUAUCUAUCCUAUUGAUCAAGGAACAAACCGCCAAUACAAUUUCACUAUUUGGGUCCUAUGGGAUCUCUUUUUGAUGUGUAUCUGUAUUAUUCUCAUCAGCAGUGUUGUCUUUCUGUUGCAAAAGAGAGAAAUCACAGCAGAAGCUAAACAGAUCAUGAACGUUGAAGUACCAACACCUGUAACUUCUCCUGGAUCUUGGUUAUAUGGUGGCCUUGGUGGGGAUAGGGAACUGGAGAGUCUUCCAUAUCAGUCUCUUGUUCAAGCUACAAAAGUGCACUACGGAGGGAGGCCUGAUCUCAAAAAGAUAUUGUCGGAAUCCAAAGGACAGGAUGUCGGAGUCAUGGCUUCUGGACCUAGGGGUAUGAGACAUGAUGUUGCAAGGAUCUGUUCUUGUAAUGCUGCAAAGAACCUGCAUUUUGAGUACCUUAGCUUUAACUGGUAAUCUGAUCCCGGUGGAACAACGUAUAGGAUAUUUUUGUUCAUUUUCUGUAUCAUACAUUCUUGUAAUAUGUGAUUGCUUCACUUGUUAUAUAUACUCAGCCAUGACUUGUAUUUAACCCGAAAGGCUGUUUGGCGUGAAUUUUCAUUGCACUUUGCCAAAAAGAACUAGGACUAUUUUUAAAUUUAUUUUUUAUGGCGUUCACAACGGUAAAAAGAACUUGGAUAAAUA